AAGCUCUUUGUUUGUUAGAAUUGUUGUUUCAGAAUGCCUUUAGACGAUAGUAAUACCGAUACAACCGAGGAUGAAUCAACUAGUAUAAAAUCAGUGAUACAAGGGACUCCAAGAAGGAAAGGCGAGAGGAGGUCUUUGAUGUCAAAAAGUGAACAGAAUGUCGAAACUGCUGGAGAUGAAAAGACCACUGCUGAAGUGAAGUUACCAAAUAAUCCAAAAGAAUGGAGUUGUGCAAACGUGCACGCAUGGAUAACGAAACUUUUUGAUGGAGAGAUUGCCGGYAAGUUUCAGGCRGAGGAAGUAGAUGGACAAGAAGGAGGAAAGUAUGAAAAAAUUGGGACUAAACACAUUGGGAAAGAGAUCAAAGUUCGAAAGGUGCAUUGGAGAACUUCAGUGGAGAGAAAAAGAACAAGACAUUGUGGAAUCCAAAGUAGAAGACAGCAGGUCUGGAUUACCCACAUGGCACAAAAAAUUACUGAAAGCCUAAAAAAGACAUGGACUCCUUCACAAAAACAUGCAUACAAAAUACAAACUGCUGUCAUUAURAGAGAAGCAGGAAAAGUAUUUCCAAGCAAUUGCAAAGUGUAUUUCAAAGCACAAGAAGAAAAUCGUCUAAAACUGGAAGAACUUACAGAAAGCUUGCAUUUAAAAUGUUGUAUUCCAGAGAUUGGAUUUGGUAAAGAUUUGGAUACUGAUGUAGAAAAACCGAUUUCUGAAGAAUUUUCCUCUGAUAGAACAAAUAUCACACCAUACAGUGCUCAAGCAGUAGUAACAGUAGCUUUUAAAAGGAUAACUUUUAGAAGCUUGUCAUACAAUACCUUGGUGAAGACAGCAAAGGUCCUUGGGGUGAAAGCAAGAGGAAAAGGGAAGUACGAUCUAGCUGAAAAAAUGGCUAUUCAGUUCAUUGAGCAAGACUAUGUGAAAAUAGCCAAAGGAGGGAAUUUCAUUGCCCUUAAAAGAGAUGACAUCAAGUUGCUAAAAGACAUCACAAGAGAUAUACAAGAAGAUGCAAAUACAAGUACUGAAAGUGCCGAAGACAAGUCCAUUUCCAGUUUUGAUGAAAGUGAUACAUUAAUGGAUACAAUGGAUGACAGCAUGCCUUUGAAGGAAAGGCAAUUGCAAGAUAUUAAGAGACUGAAGGAUAUAGUACAAUAUGAAGGUGAAGAUUCUGAUGAAACUCAGGACUUAGAAAGUGAAUGA